CGCCGCGCUGGCGGGGCCGGAGAGGGCAGGCGGCGCGGGAAGGCGGCUCUGCCAGCAUGGACGGGCCAUGUGUAUCCUAAGGAAUAACAGCAGCUGCUGCGCCCACGAUGGGGAGCAGAGGAGUGCGCGGAGGAGAGGGCUCGCUGGGGCAGCACUCGAAAGGAGUGAAUGAGAUGAACUGUUUGGGUUAUAGUAUCUGAAAGGCUAAAUUAUUCUCUUGGAGAGACGUUCUAAAUGAGCCUGACCGAGAUCCUGGAUCUGUGUGAAGAGGACUAAGGAUAUAGGAUGUCAACUGAGACAGAACUUCAAGUGGCUGUUAAAACCAGCACAAAGAAAGACUCCAAAAAGAAAGGUCAGGAUCGCAGCGAAGCCACUCUGAUCAGGAGGUUCAAGGGGGACGGGGUGCGCUACAAGGCCAAGCUGAUCGGGAUAGACGAGGUUGCUGCUGCCCGAGGGGACAAGUUAUGCCAGGACUCCAUGAUGAAGCUCAAGGGAAUUGUUGCUGCAGCUCGAUCGAAGGGGGAGCAUAAACAAAAAGUCUUCUUAACAGUUUCCUUUGGGGGAAUCAAAAUCUUUGAUGAAAAGACAGGGCUACUCCAGCAUCACCACGCAGUUCAUGAGAUUUCCUACAUUGCAAAGGAUAUCACAGACCACCGAGCGUUUGGAUAUGUGUGUGGAAAGGAGGGAAAUCAUAGAUUUGUGGCAAUAAAAACAGCCCAGGCAGCUGAACCUGUAAUCCUGGACUUGAGAGACCUGUUUCAGCUCAUCUAUGAACUGAAACAAAGGGAAGAACUGGAAAAAAAGGCACAAAAGGACAAACAGUGUGAGCAGGCGGUAUACCAGACAAUUUUGGAAGAAGAUGUAGAAGAUCCUGUAUACCAGUACAUUGUGUUUGAGGCUGGACACGAGCCCAUCCGUGAGCCUGAAACGGAGGAAAACAUUUAUCAGGUUCCUACCAGCCAAAAGAAGGAAGGUGUUUAUGAUGUGCCAAAAAGUCAACCUGUAAGUCUGGAGAAUGGAAACUUAUUGCUGGACAUUGAUGAAAAUCUUGUUUCAGUCACUCAGGCUGUUACCCAACUAGAGCUUUUUGGGGACAUGUCCACUCCUCCUGAUGUAACCUCUCCCCCAACUCCUGCUACUCCAGGUGAUGCCUUUAUCCCAUCUUCAUCCCAGUCACUCCCUGCUAGUACAGACAUGUUUGGUUCUGUACCUUUCAGCACUGCUGCUGUACCCUCAGGUUAUGUUGCCAUGGGAGCUGUCCUGCCCUCCUUCUGGGGCCAGCAGCCCCUUGUUCAGCAGCAGCUGGCCAUGGGUGCCCAGCCUCCAGUCGCUCAGGUGAUGCAGGGAGGACAGCCCAUCGCGUGGGGCCAGCCCGGCAUCUUUCCUCCCACCCAGCAGCCCUGGCCAUCCAUGGCUGGCCAGUUCCAGCCCACUGCCUUCAUGCCAACACAAACUGUUUUGCCUUUACAAGCAGCCAUGUUUCAAGGUACCAUUGCUCCUAUAGCCACCGUCCCGCCCACGAGCGAUUCCAACAGAUCGAGUCCGCAGACAGACCGGCCCAGGCAGAAAAUGGGAAAAGAAAUGUUCAAAGAUUUCCAGAUGGCUCAGCCUCCACCAGUGCCAUCAAGAAAACCAGAUCAGCCUUCCCUCAGUUGUACCUCAGAGGCCUUCUCAAGUUACUUUAACAAAGUUGGGAUGGCACAGGAAGCAGAUGAUUGUGAUGACUUCGACAUCUCUCAGUUAAAUUUGACUCCUGUGACUUCCACGACACCAUCUACAAAUUCACCUCCAACCCCUGCACCCAGACAGAGUUCUCCAUCAAAAUCAUCAGCAUCCCAUACGAGUGACCCUGCUGCAGAUGACCUCUUUGAAGAGGGGUUUGAAAGCCCAAGCAAAAGUGAGGAGCCAGAGGCUGAAGCAGAACCUCUCUACGCUCAGAUUAGCAGACCUAAGAAAUAGCAUUGUUACAGGCUCGUGGUGCUCCGAGACUGACCCCAACACCUGGCGGGCCCUUGGCUUUCACGCUUUUUUCCGAUUGAUUUUGUCUGGCAAAGAGAGAGAUUGCCCUCCUGGACUGGCUCUACGAGUGUUCCUGAUGUGGUUUUUUGGCAACCAGAUUCCUAUGGCAGCACAAAAACAAAAAACUCCCCCUGCUUGUCGUGCCACUAGUGCAGCCCCGUCCCCACAAGUGGUGGGUAUCCAGACUAGGAGAUCUUAUUCCUUGGGCUUCUUUUAAACAUUUGUCACCUUCUGUGUGCCACCUAUAAAUAAGGAGCAUCUGUAUUGGGUGUUAGACAUUCCUUUUUUUUUUUCUUUUCAGCAAAAAGCAGAGUCUGUAUGUAGCAGUGGCAUUAUCAUUCAGCAGCCUUUGGGGCACAAGUUGGCACUUUUUAUGUCAGGGUGACAUGUUUUUCAUCAUUAUUUACAUCAGGCUGAUCCUGACCUUUUUUUUCUCCCAUGUAAACAUAUUUAAACAACAACAAAACACUGGUUGUGUCUUUUUUUUUCCUUGUUUUUCUUUUUUUUUUUUUUAAUUUUUAUUUCUUGCUGUGUAGUUUUGUAUGAAUGACAGAUCUAACAGCGAAAUGCCUCCUGCAGAAACAAUUCCCAACUUGAAACCACAGAACACAACUCACUUGUUGAUCCAUCUUUCACUGAAAAUGUUGCCAAAUGGACCUUUAAGUUGUAGCACAUCAUGAGGAAGAAGUGCUGCUUUCUGUUGGAAUACUCAUGUUGUGGGCAGAGAAAGGACAUUGAGUCCCACUGAGGAAAGACAAAAGAGUCAGUAUUUCCUAGGAAACUCUAAACAAAGUGCAGAAAAGGAAUAUUUUUAUUUCUUCAGUAUCUUGCUGCUGUAAUGCUAUGCAGACAAGUGUUUUCUUCUCUGUGUGCCAUUUUUGAUGAAAAAAAAAAAAAAUCCUUUGCCAAAUAAUGCUGGUAUGCUUCUGGUUUAGGAGUUUGGAUGAAGCGGACUUGACAAAUGGGACAAGGACAGCAUGGAUUUUGGAAUAACAAACUGACUCUGUGAUCAAAAUUGUUCAUCUUUAUCACUUUUUGUACAUCAGAAAAAAUCAAAUGGGAUUUUUAUUUUAUAACUUGAAAAAAAAAAAUCUUACUGUUAAACUCUUUAAAUGUUUAAGGGGAAAUGGCUUUAAGGAGUUCGAAUGAAAAUUGCCAUUUUUUUUGUAAAUAUAAAUGUUAUGAAAAUUCUUUUACUAAUGCCAUUACACAGUAGAGAAGGUAGCAAGUUGCAGUGCUUGGGAGGUGUGGCAAACCCAGUUUGUGGUUCUCACAUCACAUAUGUUUUUUCACAUGCUUAACAAUAAUGGGCUGAAGCUCAAGUGCAUUUGCCAAAAGCUUGUCAGCAACUAGUGAAAUUAAUGGGAACACUUGAUUUUAUGGUCUAGCAUUAUCACACAGACAGAAUUCCACUUACAAGAGAUCACUUUCCAUUGACAUUCCUUUGAACCUCUGCAUAAAAGUCAUCCAACUGUUUACACACAGAACAAGAAGAAUUUAAAACUUUCUUUUUUUACAUUUAUGAAGCAAAAAGUGCAGUGUUUGGGUUCAUAUGUUCAGCACAUGAUUUUCAUAAAGAAUCUAUAUAUUUUUUGCCCUACAGAGAAUUGUUAUACAGGUCAAAUGUGUUUUCCUGAUGUUCCUAUGCAGUUACAGUAUAUUGAAUUUAGUGGUUUAACACUAAAAAGAAAAAAAAAAAAAAGAAGAAAAAAAUAGAAAAAAGGAAAAAAGGUUAAAGAAAUCAAAGGAUUAAUCAGUUUUUAGGGUUAUUGUGCAGAUUUUGUUUCUAAAUUGACACAUUAGGAUUUACAUUUUUGUCAUGAUUAAAAUAGGCCUGGAGUUAUAAAUGUUUUACUUUCUUUCAUCUUUAUUGUAGGCUAAAAAUGGUUUAGAAGGCAGAAUAACUGGGGUGGUGAUUGUUGGUAUGUGCGGCCAAAUCUCACAACACAAUCCCAUUCUUUUCUUUUGAAUUAGAGAAAUUCGAGAAAUGUGCAUUGCAGAGUGUGAAGGAGAAAUUAGCUGUGGAUAGACCUAAUGAACCUGCAGAGAGGAGAAUUUUAUCCCCAUCCACAGUCAUUUGAUUCUUGUUCCUUAGUCAUGUGCAAACAGCUGCAUAGCAAAUCUUAUUUUCCCAUUGGAAGAUCAGGUUUUCUAACUGGAGGAGAUAAUUUAAAACUUGGUGGAUUGAGUGUUUCAGGAUUAAAAGCAGAGGUAAAAGCAUUUCUGGAGGACAUGUCUGUCUGAAUAUUUUCCUGAUAUUUGCACAGUGGUGCUACUUUCUUCCUCGCUGGACUUUUUUUUUUUUUUUUUUUGGGUUUUGUCCUGCACAUAGAACCACAAACCCAGUUCUGGUUCAUCACAGACAUUGGAGGUUUAGUGUCACCAGAGCAUUCCCAGAGAAGAGAAGAGAUUGAUGUGUCAGAGGGUGACAUUUGUAGGAAGCAGAUCACUCAUGAAUAGAUGCCAAGGGAAUGAGGCUGGAAUUGUGGUGUCUCCUCCAUCACCACAGACCUCUGUGAAUAAAACCAGGUUGUGGAUUGUCUGUCUCAUGAUGGUCCUUUCAUGGCUGGGAUGCUGAGCUGAGAGGGCUGCAGGGCCCCUGCACUGUACCAGUAUUGUAGAUAACUCAAAUAUCCAGCUUGUGCAAUUGUUCAACCCCUCAUCCUUCACUAGCACUAAAUUUGUCACUUUAAAUUUACAAACCAGGGACCCCCACCAGCCAUCCUGUUGCCAUCCCCCCUGUAGGUUCUUGAUCUUUACCUGUCAUGAAAAGAUAUUUUGAUAGAUGGUAGCCAUCCAAGUGUCUGAUGAAACCUUUCAUCUCAAUAACCUACUGGGCACCUUCUUUGCAAAAAUGUUUACUCCGUGGUUUUCAUUCAUUUUUAUUUCUGCAUUCUGACACUUAUUUUUUUAAUAAAGAUGAGAAAGAUAAAAUGACUGUUGCAGUACAUUUCUAAAGCUACUUUAACUUUACCUCAGAUAACAACCAUUUGUUAACAUCUACGUUAUUUUUAACUUUAUGUGUAACGCAUUCAGCAACAACAGAAACAGACAGAUUUUUAGAAAUUUUCCAUUAAUUUCUGUAACACACCAUGUAAUACUGUUAUGAAUAAAAACAUUAAAAAAAAAGGUGUCAUUUCAGUAAGUUUGUUUCAUAGUUCCUCUGGGAUAAUUCUGCCAGACUUAAAAUUUUUGACAGUGGAAAUACCUGGGAAAGGAGAAAAUCCUCAGUUUGGGGAAUAAACUAAUUUUUAACACUAAGUGUUGCUUAUCUUGCAAAUGUGUAACUUGCUGAUUUUAAUUGCUGCCUCCACUUUUUUGACCUCUUUUUGGGUGUUUUAGGAUGAGCAUCCCAAACCAGGAGGUAUUUGUAUCAUCUGCAAAAUCCCACAUUCCUGGGGCAGCCCAUGCUGUGUGAUGCUCCCAAAGCUGCUUUAUCUUUGUGGCAUGAGAAGCUGAAAUUAAUUUUGCUGGCUUUUUUCAUUCAAGUGGGAUUUGAAAUGAACUAUUUGCAUUUAAACAUGACAGUUUUGAAAGCAGAACCCCUCCAAAAUUUCCAGUAACGUGCACAGAACUGAUAAUAAAGCUCAGCUGAGAAGGAACUUCCCCAUUCUCUGCCAAGAGAGUAAUGCAGUAAAAUUUAAGUGUAAGAAAUACAUGUUUUAUGUACAGGGAGAGAGAGAGAGGUGUGGAUGUGUGCACAUAUAUUUUACUGUAUUUCUACUUUUUGAUGUCUUAUGCCUUCCUCAAAAUGCCCAGUAGGUCA